AUGACCGUCAGAGAGGCGCUCAACACUGCAAUGGACGAAGAAAUGACCCGAGACGAGACCGUUUUCAUUUUGGGAGAAGAGGUCGCGAAAUAUAACGGUGCCUACAAGGUCACCAAGGGACUGCUCGACAAGUUUGGCGAGAAGCGAGUCGUCGACACCCCCAUUACGGAGAUGGGCUUUGCUGGCUUGGCCGUCGGCGCUGCUCUAGCUGGUCUACGACCAAUUUGCGAGUUCAUGACCUUCAACUUUGCCAUGCAAGCUAUUGACCAGAUCGUAAACUCGGCCGGAAAAACCUAUUACAUGUCCGGCGGCAACGUACCGUGUCCUGUAGUGUUCCGUGGUCCCAAUGGUGCUGCUGCUGGUGUCGCCGCUCAGCAUUCGCAAGACUAUGCCGCUUGGUACGGUUCGAUUCCAGGCCUCAAGGUCGUCAGCCCUUACAGCGCCGAGGACUGCAAAGGUCUUCUCAAGGCUGCGAUUCGGGACCCCAACCCAGUCGUCUUCCUUGAAAACGAAAUGCUUUAUGGUGUCUCGUUCCCAAUGUCUGCCGAAGCCAUGAAGGACGACUUCCUCUUGCCCAUCGGAAAGGCCAAGGUCGAAAAGGAGGGUACUGAUGUGACCAUUGUUGCCCACUCGAUCAUGGUCGGACGCUCGUUAGAAGCAGCGGAGAAGCUGGAAAAGGAAGGAAUCAAGGCUGAAGUCAUCAACCUCAGGAGCAUUCGACCGCUGGAUAUUGAUGCUAUCAUCAAGAGUGUCAAAAAGACGAACCGACUGCUCACUGUGGAGGGUGGCUUCCCGCAAUUUGGCGUAGGAAGUGAAAUCUGCGCCCAGGUCGUUGAAAGCGAGGCCUUUGACUAUUUGGAUGCGCCAGUCGAACGCGUUACUGGUGCUGAUGUACCCACUCCUUACGCUGCGAAUCUCGAGGCAUACGCCUUCCCAGACUCGGACGUGAUCGUCAAGUUUUUCCUUUCCGCCCCCCGACCUCUCGUUGCACCCUUUGAGAAACGGGUUAGCAAUUUGCAGGCGUCCUCUACUUCUAGUCCUAUUCGUCUUGCUAUAGACUCUAUUUACCGGCCGUCCGUUAUCUCUGUAAACUUGGUCCGUAAACGCCAGCCGGCGGCUAUACAUUUCGACUUUCGACCUAGCCGUCACCAAACCUUCUCCCGGAAAAUGCUCAGAAAUACGUUGGCUGCAGCUGCGAGGCGACCAUUGGUCCUUCAGCGCUCCGCCACGACUCUUGCAGCUGGGUUCCCCAAAGUCUCAAAGAGGGUGACGCUCAUUCCCGGAGACGGUAUUGGUAAGGAGGUCACGGAUUCGGUAAAGGAAAUCUUUGAGCAUGUCAAUGCACCCAUUGAGUGGGAGCAAUACGAUGUGUCCGGCAUGUCGAACGAAGGCGAGGCACUCUUCAACCAGGCAAUGGAGAGCUUGAAGCGCAACCGUGUGGGUCUGAAAGGGAUCCUGUUCACACCCAUCGAGGGACAUUUGUCGUGGAACGUUGCAAUGCGCCAGCAACUCGACAUUUAUGCAUCAGUCGUUCUUUGCAAGUCGCUCCCUGGUGUUCCGACCCGUCACCAAAACGUCGACUUUGCCAUCAUUCGUGAAAAUACCGAGGGCGAGUACUCUGGGCUCGAGCACCAAAGCUUCCCAGGUGUCGUCGAGAGCUUGAAAGUGUCUACCCGUCACAAGUCGGAGCGCAUUAUCCGUUUCGCAUUCGACUUUGCGCUUAAGAAUAACCGCAAGAAAAUCACAUGCGUUCACAAAGCGAACAUUAUGAAACUCGGUGACGGUCUCUUCCUCAAUACUUUCCGCCGUGUUGCCGAAGAGUACAAGUCUUCUGGGAUUGUCGCCAAUGACAUGAUUGUCGACAAUACGUCUAUGCAGCUCGUCGCCAAGCCGGGUCAGUUUGAUGUCAUGGUCAUGCCUAACCUUUAUGGUGCUAUCGUUUCCAACAUUGGUGCCGCCUUGGUUGGUGGACCCGGCGUCGUUCCAGGUUGCAACGUUGGCCGAGAAUAUGCCCUCUUUGAGCCUGGAUGCAGACAUGUCGCUGAAGAUAUCAAGGGAACCAACAAGGCCAACCCAGCCGCCAUGAUCUUGAGCGCGACCAUGAUGUUGCGACACCUUGGUCUCGACUCGACUGCAAACUCGAUCGCAUCCGCUACGUUUGAUGUUCUCAAUGCCAAGAAAGUUCGAACGGCCGACAUGGGUGGCUCGGCGACUACCUCGGAUUUCACCGCUGCCGUUAUCCAACAUCUAUGA